AUGACUGUCAACGGUGCUCCCACCCGCCAGGCCCUGGACUUGACGGUCCUGGGCUUGAACAGCGGUACAUCAAUGGAUGGAAUUGACUGCGCUCUAUGCCAUUUUCGUCAGGAGACUCCGGAGUCUCCCAUGCAUUUCGAGCUUCUUAAGUAUGGAGAAAUCCCCCUCGAGCAGACCAUCAAGAAGCGGGUCAUGAACAUUAUCCUUCACAAUAAGACCUCCCCGUCGGAGCUAUCGGAAGUCAACGUCAUUCUGGGAGAGACAUUUGCGGCUGCCGUCAAGCAGUUCUGCCAGGACUACGAGGUCGACAUGUCGACCAUCGAUGUUAUCGGAUCUCACGGUCAGACCAUCUGGCUCCUCUCCAUGCCUGAGCCAGGGGAAGUACGCAGCGCGCUCACCAUGGCCGAGGGCUCUUUCUUGGCUGCUCGCACCGGAAUCACCACCGUCACGGACUUUCGAGUCAGUGACCAGGCUGCCGGCCGCCAGGGCGCGCCGCUCAUCGCCUUUUUUGAUGCCUUGCUACUACACCACCCGACCAAGCUGCGCGCCUGUCAGAACAUCGGCGGGAUCGCCAACGUAUGUUUUAUCCCACCUGACUCGCACGGAGGCAUCGAUGCCUGCUACGAUUUCGAUACCGGCCCUGGCAAUGUUUUCAUUGAUGCCGUGGUCCGCCACUACACCAACGGCGAGCAGGAGUACGACAAAGAUGGCGAGAUGGGCGCCCGUGGCACGGUCGACCAGGAACUUGUCGAUGAGUUCCUCCAAAACCACCGAUACUUCCGGCUCGAUCCCCCCAAGACCACUGGCCGCGAAGUGUUUCGGGACACCUUGGCAUUCGACCUCAUCCGCAAGGCGGAAAACAAGGGACUCAGCCCAGAUGAUGUGGUCGCCACCAUCACUCGUAUCACCGCUCAGGCCAUCGUGGACCACUAUCGUCGCUAUGCUCCCAAGGACCUGCCGAUCGAUGAGAUCUUCAUGUGCGGCGGCGGGGCUUACAAUCCCAACAUCACCCAGUAUAUCCAAAAACACUACCCGAAUACGCGGAUCUUAAUGCUGGACGCUGCGGGCAUCCCCGGCGGCGCCAAGGAGGCUAUCACCUUCGCCUGGCAGGGCAUGGAGGCAGUUGUUGGCCGUUCCAUCCCCGUCCCGACCCGUGUCGAGACACGGCAGGAAUAUGUUCUGGGGAAGGUAUCGCCAGGCAAGAACUAUCGGAAGGUGAUGCGACAAGGGGGAGGUGUUUAA